AAAUAAUCGGUCACCGUAAUGAAUAGAAUGUUCGAGAAAUUUAAAUUUAAAUGCUUUCUGCUGCAAUCCAUUUUUAUUUGAAAAAUAGAAUUAGUCUAUCCACUCUUCAGACAAGUAAACAGGAAGGAGGCCUGAUGGUUGCCGGGGGGGGGGGGGGGGGGGCCCACUUGUGUCAGUUUCUUGCGCAUGCAAAACGGUGUCAAUUGACUUGCAUGCGUCCGCAGGCACACACACCCCGGGGACUCUUUCGCUGGGUGUGGGGUCACGCACUUAUUGCGACAAAUAACUCGUGAAUAUGCAAAUCGCUUGUGUAUCCCCUCACUCAUACUCUCCUAUAGUCCUUUAGACUUUUCGAAUUGACAUAGUCAAUCCCACCACACUUCAGUUGUACAGCCGGGUUCACGACCCUGGUCCCGCAUGCGUCUUCUCCUGUCCUCGUCCUGUUCCAUCUUGUCCUGUCCCAUCUUGUCCUGUCCUGUCCUUCCCUCACAGGGUGCAGCGCUACAGCCCCGUGCAACACUCAUAUUUCAUAUUUCAGUCAUGUAAUGACUUACUUUUCUCACCCUGUUUACAAUUAGUGCUUUGUCUUUUGUCUUUGUUUCUCUCUCCCCUCUGGAAACUUUGUUCUGUUCGACUCUGAUUCUCAAUAAACUUCAAUUAUAAUACUAAGAAAGCACAGCGCAAGCUUCAAAACUCCAUUGUGACGCAGUGAACACAGGAGAUACAGAUCCUCCGUUCCGCUUGACCUAACAGGACAAACCAAAAAAACAAAAAAGAAACAAAACAUAUGAUUAUGAUUAACAGAAGCCGUGUGAGUCCCUUAGUUGAGCAAGGGUUAGCUUGAUGCUGAGGGCAAAUGUUCAAAUUUGUUAAUCCACAAUCCGCUCACUGUCAAUCGUUGGCGUUGUUAUGGGGAAUUUGCGCCCCCUGGUGGAGCCGUCCUCUGGACUGGUUUUCGUCCUUCCUGACACACUGGGUGGAUAUUUCUUUCGGGUUUUCGCUGCGAUUUGUUUCCACUGCGUGAGAGACCGUCGAGGGGUUAUUAUAGUCACUUCCCAUGAAAUGUGUGUUUUCAUUGGGGACAAUCGAACGUUAUAGCAUCAUCAAAGUAAAUGGUCCAGUUGCAGACUCCCGUCCGCUAGGUGGCGGCAUGCCCCAAAGCGAGCAGACGAAGAAAAGAAGACAACGAAGAAGAAGAAGGCGACGAAGAAGAAGAAGACGACGAAGAAGAAGAUGUCGUCAUCCGCUUCCCGUUGUUGACAGCCGAGCUUGACGCCGCAGCGAACAUGUCGAGCGCCGACUGGGACGACGACGAACGCAUGAAUUUCCUCUUCUCCGACUUCAAAGAGACCCGCGACGUCAACACGAUGGACUGGGACAGCAAAAUGGAGUUCUGGGCGCCUCGGGUGCUCCAAAGCUGCAGGGAGCGCCGCAGCGUGAGCGUCAACGUCCGCGAGCUCAACGAGAUCUUCCGGAGGAAGGAGACUUCUCCUCUGGGCUUGCCCACCGUCUUGGACGCCAUGGCGAGACGCGGGGAGCUUCAGCGGGAGUCUGAGUUCGCCGCCAAGGCGGAUUGCGGCUGGCUGUGGUGGGGCGUGGGCGUCCUGCUGGUCAAGCCUCUCAAAUGGACCUUCUCGUCCGUGCUGGGGGCAAGCCCGGCACCUUCCGAGGAGUCCUUUGUUGUCCUGCAACUGGCGAAGGAGAAAGCAGCUGAAGUGCUCCGGAUUUACCGAAGCAGUGAAUUUGCAAGUCGCUCCGUCAUAUCGUUCGAAGAGCUGCGCGCUGUCUCGUCGGGCGCGUGUGCCGACGAAAGCGCCCUGCGCACGACGCUUCUGCAGCUGCAGAGGGACAAACAAGUGGCCGUCUCCUUGCACGAGGGGGAGAAGAUUGUGAAAUUUUGCCAACCCGGGCAGGCUCGCGUCUCCUCCGUCACUGACGUCGAUAUCGGAAUCUACCAGUUACGGCGCAGUGAGAAACUGCUGGAGGAGCGUCUGGAGAAACUGGGCCCGGAGGCUGAUAAGUGCCGAGAGGAAGCAAGAGUUCUACUUCGGGAAGGGAAAAAAACACAGGCUCUGCGGUGUCUGAGAGGCCGCAAAAGGCUGGAAAAGAGAGCAGACGGCUUGUUUGGGCAGCUGGAGUCCAUUCGAGGCAUCCUGGAUCGCGUAGCUCAGUCGCAGACCGAUAAAACGGUGCUGCAAGCGUACCGGGCGGGAAUGGCCGGCCUCAGACUCUCGCUCGAGGACGUGACGGUGGAAGGUGCCGAAAGCAUUGUUGAGCAAAUCCAGGAGCUAUGUGACAAACAAGACGAGGUGAACCAAGCCAUAUCUGGAGGAGUGACCUCUUCAGCCGCUGAUGAUGAUGAGCUGGAGGAAGAACUGAACUCUCUGCUGGACGAAUCCAAAAUGUAUCCGGAGGUUCCGAACGAGCUGCCGCCGAGCUUGGCGGGUGACGACCUGCUGGAUUCUCUGCCGGCUGUCCCUCAAACUGACCUGAAUGUUGGCACCGAGCAGCUGGAAGAAGAACUCCGGCAGUUGAUGCUCUAAACGUUCAACGGGGCUGGCACAUUUCUUUGCUUUUUGGUGUCAUAAUGGCCACAAAGUAAAAACGAUUCUACCCACGCGGGCCUCCCGCAGCACAAGAAAAGCAGCUUUCUGCAUCGCCGUGACAAACAAAACCUGGAAUUUGUAAACCAAUGUAAACGGGAGCCGCUAGCUCGAAGCGUAAAAGUAGUUGUUAGAAACUCGACGGGUGUCGAGGCACUUUGACUAUUUUCAGUCUAAAUUCUAAAUGCCUUUGCUGUGGAUGCAUGCCAAAGAACAAGAAGAAACUUUAAGCGUUCCUCUCAUCUGGAUGCGAAGUCCAAAUUUUAAAUGGUGUUUGUGAAAUAUUCUCUUUGGUAUGGCACCACGGGGGACUUUUGUUUUCUUGAGGAUGAUUUUGACAGGGAAAAAAAAACGUUUGUGUGUGUGUGUAUAGUCGGAGAAAAGGUUAUUUAUGUUGGUUGUCUGCUUGUUUGCCAAACAAUUCACGUAUCAAACCACACCAAUGUCUGUCGAGUGUCCUCAAUGUUGUUUCAUUCGUCUUCCGUUCACGCGGGUCGCGGGCGUGCUGCAGCCUAUCCCAGCAAACUCAGAACAUGCAAACUCCGCGCAGGCGGGGCCGGGAUUUGAACCCCGGUCCUCUGAACUGUGAGGCAGAUGUGAUGACCACCGUGCCGCCCAAUAAUUUUUCUGCAAAUAAAAUGUAUUUUAAUCACA